CAGGAGGCGCCAAGCAGAUCUAUGGAAGGGGAUGGAAACCACACCUCUGUGGACAUGUUUAUUCUCCUGGGACUUUCAGACGUAAGAGAACUGCAGCUCAUCCUCUUUCCAGUCUUCCUGACCCUCAUCUGGAACCUAGGUCUUAUCAUUCUCAUCAGGAUCAACUCUAACCUUCAUACACCCAUGUACCUUUUUCUCAGUUCCCUGUCGUUUAUAGACAUCUGCUACUCUUCUUCCAUCAGCCCAAGGAUGCUCUCAGACUUCUUAUGUGAUGAGAAUACAAUUUCCUUCAUGGCCUGUGCCAUUCAGUUGUUUGUCACUGCCUGGAUGGGUCUGGCUGAGUGCUGCCUCUUGGCCACAAUGGCCUAUGACCGCUAUGUUGCCAUAGGUAGCCCUCUGCAGUACUCAGCCAUCAUGGUCCCUGGCCGUUCUUGGAAGAUGAUUGCUGUGGCAUAUGGGAGUGUUUUCCUCAGUAGCUUAGUUCGAACAGUCCCUUGCUUUCAUCUGUCCUACUGUGGGCCAAAUAUCAUUGAACAUUUCUUCUGUGACGUACCUCAGGUUAUUUCUUUGUCAUGCUCCAAUCCCUUCAUCUUUCAAAUGAUUGUUUUUCUGGUAGCUAUUUUUGUGGGGGUGGGUACUUUGCUUGUUAUCCUCUUAUCCUAUGGUUUCAUUGCAGCUUCCAUCCUGAAAAUAUCCUCAGUCAAAGGAAGUGCCAAGGCCUUCUACACCUGUGCCUCCCACCUGGCUGCUGUGACACUGUACUAUGGCACAGCCCUCUCUGUGUACAUGCAUCCUGGCUCUGGCCACACCAUGAAGCACAAGGUGCUGUCUGUUUUCUAUGUUAUCUUUGUCCCCAUGUUAAACCCUCUAAUCUACAGUCUGAGGAAGAAGGACAUCAAAGAGGCCCUCAAAAGGUUAAUAAUGAGGUGGGACAUUUUCCUCAGUAAGAAUAACAUUUGA